AUGUCUCCAUCAGAAAUUCCCCGAAAGUUCACGUUUGUUGGCGGCCCCAGCAGGAAGCGACGCCGAUGUGCACCGCCCACGCCCCCGUCAUCACAAUCCAUGUUCAUGGUGAUGACGACGAAAGCAGCAACAACAGCGAGGCCUGAUGGCGUACAGAGAGUAUCGCAACCAUCUUCUACCAUUCACGACAAAUCUCAUACAAACUCCAGUCCGGAGAGUAACAAUAGCGACAAUGCAUCUGUCUCUGUCUCUGUCUCUGGGAAUGACGCCGUCGCUGUUGAGUCCCAAGAUCCUCCCGCUGUUGUACUGCCGCCGCGUUCUGAAUUACUUGGGUCACAGCUGAGCUGGCAGGCUUUGGGAGAUUCUCUUGAAUUGAAUGAUCCUUUCUCUCUUUUUGGAGCGCCAUUCAAUCUACCUGCCUCCUCUGAUGAGGGCCUUACUAGCGACAUACCUGUUGGUUUUUCGACAGACAGCUCUGGACAACAUAUCACACAGGAUCAAGAUCCCCCCAUCACCUCUGUUGGAGAGGACAUUCCGUUAGAAGACUCUUCCGAGUCUACUGAAGAUGUAGAGAGAGAUGUAGGCCCCGUAACGGAAGGCCACGGAUCAAUUCCCCGAGAUCUCAGCGACAACGUUCGCACGAUUUUUGCUCAAUACGACCGAGAAUUUUGCGUAUGGCCUUUGACGCAUGACUUUGAGGCAAAUCCUUUUCGUUGCGAUAUCGAGACGGGCAAGCGCUCACCGCUGCUCUGGCACUCUAUUCUUGCCCUGUCAUAUAAACACAUCCAUCGCGAAACUGGUUCCUGUCUAGCCGAAGCAAAGAUGCACAAAAAGAAGGCCAUGCAACUCUUAGAGGAGUUGGAUUGUGACUUUGGAUCCGCCAAGUCUAGAACCAACUUGCUUAACAGUUUGUUGAUAUUGAUGACUUUAGACUGUGCAACCUCAGCCCAAGGCCCUUGGGUCGCUCACCUCAGUCGAGCGCAGAGAUUUCUCGAGGCUAUUGAAGUUUUUAAAAUCCAGAGGUCACCAAGGAUCCAGGCUCAGGUGGAUAUGCUUGUUUGGUGGGAUGUCACGCUUGGACUUACCACUCGUCAAGGAUUUGUCCUAUCCGGUCCUACAAUUAAUAGCGUAUUCAGCUGGGACAGCACUUCGACCUUUUACAACGUCUCCGGGUGCCCUGAGCAGCUCUUCAAGUACAUGUUUCGACUCGGAACGUACGCACGCGAGUUUGAGCUAGCCUCUUGCAUGACUUGCGUCACGUUCGACAUGGGCCCCGUGCUGGUAGUAGAGAAAGCCAUCAAGGAAUGGAGGACGCCGCGAUAUGAUGGCCCAGAUGUGGACUUUGCCCCGUCCAGUGAGCCUGAUUUACCUGAAAACUGGGAUUGCUACUCUGCCGAAGCCACACACCACGUUCAGGACCUCCAUCACUGUGCUCAAGCCUGGCGGUUUGCACUGCUUAUUUACAUUGAGCGAGUCUUCAAGUGGCGUCGUGGCGAAGCGCUCAUGUCGCGUAUCGAGUUCUUUGCCCGCAAGGUGCUGAACAACGUGCACUCCUGUCGGCGCAGCACAAUGAUUCAGAAGCAGCUUCUGCUGCCUGUUUUCCUGGCUGGGUGCGAGACCAACGAUGAGAAUCUACGAGCCGAAGCCAGAGAUUACUGCAGCUGGUGGGGUGUCAAGACAAGGUACGACAUGUUUACUACCACGCUUGGCUUGCUUGAGGAGGUUUGGGCGGCAGCGGGGGACCCAGACAGUUGGUGGGGGUCUCUCAUUGACCAGAAAUCGGGACUUGGCUCUACAAGCCAGUAUUUAUUUGGUUAA